AUGCCAGCACCCCGGGGAGCCGCGGGGACGAGUCUGCGGGCCCCGCCGGCAGCCGGCCACCCUGAAGUAGGGCCGGGCACCGAACACCGCCCUCCCCACGGCACCGACCGAAACGCCCCAGCUCCACAGAGCACCGAAACACGCCCCGCCCCCCGGCACCAAGCCCCGGCGACCGACCGCAACACCCACCGCGACCGCACCACCCAGGAAAAACACACAAGCGGAUCCAUGCGCAUCCGCCUGCAGCCCCACCCCACCAAGACCGACGCCAACAGUGUGCAACGCAACACACCGCGCACAGAAUCAACAGCAGAAAAGCCGCCCGGUGCAAAACUGCAAGAAGAGCAGACCGCAGCCGGCGCCACGAAGCCAAAGCAGCGCAGCCACGUCCGCCGCACCCAACCCCCCCCCCAGGCACACCAGGCCCUGACAGGCCCUGACACGCGGCCAGAGCAGCUCCGCCGCCCCGGCCCCCCAACGCGUGCCGGCCAGAGCCACUCCAACCCCCACCCGCCCCGCAGCCUCACCCGCCGCGAUCAGCGGGGGGAAAGCAGCUCCGCCAUGCCUCCAAAAGGGAAAACCCACCCGAGUACCCAAUCAGCGCAGCCAGCCCGCCCACACCGGCCCCCCAACAUCCCACCCCCGCCAGAGCCGCCCGGACCCCCACACACCAGCGGCUCGCCGCCAGAUACUUGUGUGAAAAUGUAA